CCGUGAACGCGAGUUUAGUUCAGGAUUACAGUCUAACAAGCACGAGACAUACUGUUGAACGAGAUUAAGUUCGGAGAAAGAAUAUUACAGUCUAACAAUUACUACCAUUGUAAUUCGUAUGCGUAGGAGAAUCCCAAAUAUCAAAUGGUUCAGAUUGGUUCAAAUUCUCGCUCGGUGGUUGAACACAAGAGAGUAGUAAUAGAGAGCACCCAUGAUGAGAAGCUUGUUGGGAUAUUGCAUGAAAUGGGCUCUCCCGAGCUUGUAAUUAUAUGCCAUGGUUUCCGUUCCUCGAAGGAUCGAAUUCCUAUGGUGAACCUUGCGGCUGCUUUUGAAAAAGAAGGAAUUAGUGCCUUCCGCUUUGACUUUGCUGGCAAUGGGGAAAGUGAAGGAACGUUUCAGUAUGGUAACUACCGUAGAGAAGCUGAAGAUCUAAGAGCCGUGGUCGAACAUUUUCAAGGGGAGAAACGAUGCAUAGUGGCAAUUAUUGGGCACAGCAAAGGAGGUAAUGCUGUGCUUCUUUAUGCUUCUUGGUAUAAUGACAUACAAACAGUGGUAAAUAUUGCUGGGCGUUAUAAUCUAAAGAGAGGAAUUGAAGGUCGCUUGGGUAAGGACUUCCAAAAGAACAUUGAGCAAAAUGGAUUCAUUGAUGUUAAAAAUAGAAGAGGGAAGAUUGAAUAUCGUGUGACGAAGGAAAGUUUGAUGGACCGUCUAGCAACAGAUAUGCAUGCUGCAUGUCAGUCUAUUCAUCCAAGCUGCAGGGUAUUAACCGUUCAUGGUACGUUGGAUGAAUUUGUGCCUGUUGAAGAUGCAAUGGAAUUUGCCAAAUAUAUACCAAAUCACAAGCUACAAAUUGUUGAAGUAGCUGAUCAUGAAUACACUUCACAUCAAGAAGAAUUGGCUUCUAUUGUGCUGGAUUUUGUGAUGGCGAGUCUAUAUACAGACAAGUGUGUUCAUAAAACAUCGUUGUCUGGUUCAAAAACUGAUAAAUUCAUCGAUUCACGCCUUUGAAUCUUGAAUAUAUGUGAGCAAAAGAUUGAAUUGCACAUUAACUUGAAUGUCAAAAAUAUUAUGAGGGUCUUUCGUCUGUAUAGUUAAACUUUUAAACAUGAUAAGCAUUAAUGCUCGUGUGUUUGUGGUGAAUCUUACAGUGUCAGUAUA